AUGCGCCACCUAGAGGAAAAUAUGUAAUUGCCUCCGAAAAAAUACUCAUUUCCCAGCAACGUUUGGGACACGCCGCGAUUCACUUACAGCAGGGUUUACAUGCUGGGACGAAUCUUAAUAUGAUAUUGUUUUUUUUAACUGGACCUGACCGCAGGGAGUGUGCAACUGUAAAUUAAGGGUUCAGGAUGGAACAGAUUUGUGCCACAGGAGUCGCUGCCCGCCUGAGGAGUGAAUGGGACAGGAAUGAUGGGCUUGGUCAGAAUCACAGUGCCCUGAAGUUCUUGGGCCAGGAUUUCGAAUCCUUGCGUGCCCAGUGUCUUCAGAGUGGACAUCUGUAUGAGGAUGAAACCUUUCCAGCUCAGCAGUCCUCUCUUGGAUUUAAAGAGCUCGCCCCAGGCUCUUCCAAAACCAAAGGUGUCCGCUGGAUGAGGCCCACUGAGUUCUGCACUGACCCACACUUUAUCGUAGAUGGAGCUACGCGCACAGAUAUCUGCCAAGGAGCUCUAGGUGAUUGUUGGCUGCUGGCGGCUAUUGCGUGUCUUACCCUCAAUGAACCUCUGCUGCAUCGGGUGGUGCCUCAUGGCCAGAGUUUUCAUCAGCAAUAUGCCGGAAUCUUCCAUUUCCAGUUCUGGCAGUUUGGGGACUGGGUGGAUGUGGUGAUCGACGACCGGCUGCCUGUCAGAGAUGGAAAGCUCCUGUUUGUCCACUCUGCCGAGGGGGCCGAGUUCUGGAGCGCCCUGGUGGAGAAGGCAUAUUCAAAAUUGAACGGCUGCUAUGAGGCUCUCUCGGGAGGCUGCACAUCUGAGGGCUUUGAGGACUUCACCGGUGGAGUGACGGAGAUGUAUGAGCUGAAAAAAGCUCCACCUAACCUCUUCAGCAUCAUUAAAAGAGCCGUGGAGAGAGGCUCUCUGAUGGGCUGCUCUAUAGAUAUUACAAGUUUCUUCGAUAUGGAGGCAGUCACCUUUAAAAAACUAGUGAAAGGCCAUGCCUACUCCAUCACUGGAGUUGAUGAGGUGCAAUACAGAGGAAACCAGACAAAACUGUUGCGCAUCAGAAACCCUUGGGGAGAGGUGGAGUGGACCGGAGCCUGGAGUGAUGACUCGAGGGAGUGGCGUGAUAUCGAUGCAUCAGUAAGGUCCAGUCUGCACCAUAGCAGAGAGGAUGGAGAAUUCUGGAUGUCAUUCAGCGACUUCAUGCGUGAGUUCAGCAGGCUGGAGAUCUGUAACCUAACGCCAGACGCGCUAGUGAGCAGCGAGGUCAAGAAGUGGAACACAGCCCUGUACUCUGGUGAAUGGAGAAGAGGCAGCACUGCUGGUGGCUGCAGGAACUAUCCAGCAACAUUUUGGAUCAAUCCCCAGUUUAAAGUUCUCCUCAAGGAACCAGAUAGCGACCAAGAUGGCUGCACUUUCCUGGUGGCACUGAUGCAGAAAAACCGGAGGAAGUUACGGCGUGAGGGCAAAGACAUGGAGACGAUUGGAUUUGCCAUUUAUGGGGUUCCUGAAGAGUAUCUGGGGCGGUUGGGCGUGCACCUGAAGCGGGAUUUUUUCCUCACCCACACGUCCAGCGCACGAUCCGAGCUCUUUAUUAACCUGCGGGAGGUGAGCUCACGUUUCUGCCUGCCCGCGGGGGAAUAUAUCAUCGUCCCCUCCACCUUCGAGCCAAAGAAAGAGGGAGACUUUGUGCUGAGGGUCUUCUCGGAAAAGGCUGCCGAUUCCCACGAACUAGAUGAUGAAGUCUCAGCAGAUGUACCAGAGGAACCUGAAAUUCAGGAGAGUGACAUUGAUGAGGGCUUCAAGGCACUUUUUGUGAAACUGGCAGGACCGGAAAUGGAGAUUAACGUGUCUAAACUACAGAUGAUUUUAAACCGGGUUGUUGGCAAACAUAAAGAUAUCAAGACAGACGGUUUUGACAAGGAAUCCUGCCGAGGCAUGAUCAAUCUCAUGGAUACAACUGGUGCUGGGAAGCUGGGAAUUACAGACUUCCAUGUGCUCUGGGAGAAGAUCAAACGCUAUCUUGCUGUGUUCAGGAAGUUUGAUCUGGACAAGUCUGGUACGAUGAGUUCUUAUGAAAUGCGCUUGGCACUAGAAUCAGCAGGCUUCAAGUUGACCAACAGCUUGUUUCAGCUAAUAAUCCUGCGCUAUGCGAAGCCAGAUCUAAACGUGGACUUUGACGGAUUUGUGUCAUGCCUCAUCCGACUGGAGACGAUGUUUAAAACAUUUAAAACAAUGGACACAGAUGGAGAUGGAAUGGUAUCCUUCAGCUUCACACAGGUUGGUCUUUACUUGUCAUUAUCAGUGAGAAAUUCAGUUUCCAAAUAUCUUCUUCCUUUUCUGUACCCAGUAAUGUGUUUGCUACACUCCUCCCUGUUAUUUCCUGUUUUCUUCUAG